GUUGUAUAUAAGGGUAGACACAAAACUACAGGUCAAGUGGUAGCCAUGAAGAAAAUCAGACUAGAAAGUGAAGAGGAAGGGGUUCCUAGCACUGCAAUUCGGGAAAUUUCUCUAUUAAAAGAACUUCGUCAUCCAAAUAUAGUCAGUCUUCAGGAUGUGCUUAUGCAGGAUUCCAGAUUAUAUCUCAUUUUCGAAUUCCUUUCCAUGGAUCUCAAGAAAUACUUGGAUUCUAUCCCUGCUGGGCAGUUCAUGGAUUCAUCACUUGUUAAGAGUUAUCUGUACCAGAUCCUUCAGGGUAUUGUCUUUUGUCACUCAAGAAGAGUUCUUCACAGAGACUUAAAACCUCAAAAUCUGUUGAUUGAUGACAAAGGAACAAUUAAACUGGCU